AGCUGCAUUGAUCUGGUCUUUACUGAAUAGUACAAAUAUUACAUAUUUAGACAUUCAAUUUAGUUUUUUAAUGUAAACUGUGCUAAAAGUGCAUUGUAUGUACCGUAAAUCAUUGUGGGCUCAGUUCGCCGGCAGAGAUUGAAUUCGGAUUUGGAUGCAGCAUUUUGUUGAUUCUUGGAUCAACGAUCGUCUGCUUCUCAUGGCCUAGCCUCGUAGGUUUUACCAUCAGCUAUGGACGUGCUCGGUGAGAUGGAAAGCGCGCCAGGGGACCCAAUCUCACAGGAGAGUCAGCCAAAACCCGCCAUAGUCCCCGACGCCUCAGACAAUCCCACGGACUACCUUAACCACUGCGCCCCCGGGCAGUACACCUACCAGCCGCUUGGUAUUGAGAUGAUGGGAUUUUCCCCUGCUCAUUACCUUGAUAAUGAAGUGAAAAACAUGGAGCUCAGAGAUGAUGAUAUUGUCAUAGCAGCAUAUCCAAAAACUGGGAACACUUGGAUGCAGGAGAUGCUCUGGCUCAUCAUGAACGAUGCAGACACUGAAUACGCCAAGACGACCGCCAUCAACGACCGCGUGCCAUUUCUCGAGUUCUUCAUGCACGGCUUCAGUGGAGUCAGUUUGAUAGACGACAUCAGCCGAGACAAAAAGAAUCGUAUCUUCUACACCCAUCUACCAAUGGACUUGGUGCCCAGACAAGUCAAGGAAAAGCGCGUCAAAGUCGUCUCAAUGUUACGGAAUCCGCUGGACACCAUGGUGUCGUACUACUAUUUCUGUAAAAGUUACAAAGACCUAGGGCAUUUCAAGGGCGAAUGGGACGACUUUUACCAAUUGUAUAUGAGUGAGAAAGUCCCUUACGGUCAUGUUGUCAACCAUAACCUGAGUUGGUGGAACGCCAGAGAUGAUUUGAACAUUCUUUUCGUACGCUACGAGGAUCUGUUGGCUGAUCCGAAGAAAGAGGUCCUGAGGAUUUCCGAGUUCUGCGGCGUGACCUUGACCCCGCAGAAGCUGGAAACGAUCGUGGAGGCAACACGUUUCGACGUCAUGAAAAACAACCCAAUGACAAAUCGGACCAUCUACAAGGAAAUCGAUCAGAGUAUCUGUGCUUUCAUGAGGAAGGGUGUCUCCGGCGACUGGAAGAAUUAUUUCUCUGACGAACAACACACCUUGACCUGCGAAUUUGCUGAUUCAAAGUUGAAGGAUGCGGGGCUGACGUAUCCAUGUAUGGAGUGAGCAAAGAACAAGUUACACUUCAGACAAUUUGAUCGUUCUUUGUGUUGUGUCAUCAUUACUGCAGUUAGCUGCUUGGAGACGGUGUCGCGAAACCUUUGGUAUGUGCCGCCGUUCUGCCCUAUUUUCCUCGGAAGAACCAUAUAUUAUAUCUUACUCAAGAACAACUCAUGUCAUUGUCAAAAAACCUUUGGUAUGUGCCGCCGUUCUGCCCUAUUUUCCUCGGAAGAAACAUAUAUUAUAUCUUACUCAAGAACAACUCAUGUCAUUGUCAAAAAAUAAGCAUCAAUUUGUAAAUAAUUUCGGGUGCUUUCAGUUAGUUGGUGCCGUAUACGGUAACAAGUUAAUUCUGGAGUUCCUACAAAUCUUGAACUGCAACACGGUACCUCCUUUUCCUAACAUGUUCCCUUUUUCUCUACAACAGGAGCACACAGAGCCACUGUGGCAAAUGCAUACUUAUUGUAUUACGGGAAAGAAGCGUUCAUUGGCCUUGGUCUUGCUACAUGAACCCCUAAAUAACAAAUAACAUAGUCAAUGGACUCGUCCUUCGUGUAAUACAUACCCUAUUGGCUACAAUGAGCGCACCGAGAGCGAGCGAUGCCAAUCACUUGUGGGGUCAAGGCCGCUAUUUCAAGGCCAACGUCUGGAUCAAUGAAGAGAUUUCAGUUGUCACUGGUACCGUAACUCUACAUAUAUCUUACACCCAGUUCGUACAUGAA